UUAAGUUACGAUAUUUGUACAAAACAGUCCCCAAUUUUGCACCCAGUGCAAUUCAGUACGUUAAAAUUCUCUAAGCCUGUUAGUAUGAGUUUACUUCAAUGGCAGGUUUAGGCAGAGGAAGCAAAAUUUUCCAGCAAAAUCUGAAGAUAACACAGUUAGGUAAAAGGGGUCAAAUAGAUGAAGCCAUCAAAGUAUUCAAUAGAAUCACACACCCAAAUACUGUCACCUACAACUCAAUGAUCUCUGCCUAUUCGAAAAAUGGCAGAAUAUAUGAUGCACGAAAGGUGUUCGACAAAAUGCGGCUUAAAAAUUUGGUCUCUUGGAAUACAAUGAUUAAUGGGUAUUUGUUUAAUGGCCAAGUUAAUGAAGCAUGUGAACUGUUUGAUAAAAUGCCUGAAAGAGACCAUUUCACUUAUGCAUUGAUGAUUACUUGUUUUGCGCGUAAUGGGGCGCUGGAGAAGGCUAGAGAUGUGUUUGAGUCAUUUCCUGAUAAAAGUAAUGUAGCUUGCUGGAAUGCAAUGCUUACAGGGUGUGCAAAAGCUGGAAGGUUAAAUGAUGCUAGGCAACUGUUUGAUGAAAUGCCGGAAAAGAAUUUGGUUUCAUGGAAUUCGAUGCUCUCGGGUUAUACCCAGAAUGGGGAAAUGAAAUUUGGAUUGAAGUUUUUCGAGGAGAUGGAAGAGAAGGAUGUCGUUUCUUGGAAUUUAUUGUUGGAUGGGUUUAUUGAGGUUGGGGAUUUGGAUUCUGCUAAGGAGGUUUUUGCUAAGGUUCCUUAUCCAAAUGUUGUUUCCCGGGUGACAAUGCUCAGUGGAUUUGCACGAUAUGGGAUGAUUUUGGAGGCUGAAAGGAUUUUUGACCAAAUGCAGGAGAAAAAUGAGGUUGCUUGGAAUGCCAUGUUAGCUGCAUAUGUCCAGAAUGGCAAAAUUGACAUGGCUGCUUCAUUGUUUAAUAGAAUGUCCCAGAGGAGUGCCGUGGCUUACACUACCAUGAUAGAUGGUUAUGUUCGUGCUGGAAAGCUCAAAGAAGCAAGGGAUUUGUUGGAUAAUGUGCCAUACAAAAAUGUUGGUGCACGAACAGCUAUGAUUUCAGGGUACGUCCAAAACAAUAGGGUGGAUGAAGCUCGAUGGAUAUUUGAUCGAACUGCUACUCGUGAUGUUAUUUGUUGGAAUACAAUGAUUGCAGGAUAUGCUCAAUGUGGAAGAAUUGAUGAAGCUUUUGAUCUGUUUAAAAAAAUGGAACCAAAGAGCAUAGUUGUUUGGAAUACCAUGAUAGCAGGUUACGCUCAGGUGGGACAAAUGGGAAAAGCACUUGAGAUGUUUGAGAAGAUGGGAGAAAGAAAUGUAAUUUCUUGGAAUUCUCUAAUUUCAGGUUAUACACAAAAUGGUUUCUAUAUAGAUGCGCUUAAACAUUUUAUCAUGAUGUCACGUGAUGGCAAGAAACCAGAUCAGUCUACGUUUGCUUCAGCAUUAAGUUCAUGCUCCAAUCUUGCAGCUGAGCAUAUGGGAAAGCAACUUCACCAAGUGGUUAUAAAAUCCGGUUAUGUGAAAAAUUUGUCAGCUUGUAACGCUUUAAUAUUUAUGUACGCAAAGUGUGGAAAUAUCUUUGAUGCAGAAAAGAUGUUUGAAGAUGUUGAAAAUGCUGAUAUUAUAUCCUGGAAUUCUUUGCUUGCUGGAUAUGCUUUAAAUGGAUAUGGUAAGGAGGCUGUCAAACUUUUCGACGAGAUGGAAGAAAAGGAAGUGGUUCCUGAUGAAGUGACAUUUGUUAGUGUUUUAUCUGCAUGUAAGCAUGCUGGCUUAAGUAAUGCUGGUGCAAAUUUGUUUGAGCACAUGACCAAAAAGUAUUCUAUCAAUCCUUCACCUGAACAUUAUGCUUGCAUGGUUGACUUACUUGGGCGAGCAGGGAGGUUAGAAGAAGCUUUCCUUUUGAUAAAGGAAAUGAAAACAAAAGUCACUGCCGAAAUGUGGGGUGCCCUAUUUGGAGCUUGUCGCAUGCAUAAUAAUCUAAAGAUUGCUGGCUGUGCUAUCGAGAAGCUUCUUGAACUUGAACCUCAUACAUCUACUAAUUUGGUUGUCUUAUCAAACAUGUAUGCUGAGCUAAGAAGAUGGGGUGAUGUGGAGAGAGUUAGGGAAACAAUAAAAAAGAGUGGAGCAGGCAGACUACCAGGAUGCAGCUGGAUUGAGGAUAGAAAACAAUUCCUUGUUUUUCUUUGUAGUGAUGAUAUUUCAGCACAGGCAGCGGAGAAUUUUAACGUGUUGUUACCUUUAAGUGCACAGAUGAUGGAUAUGUGCCAUAUGCCUGCCACGACAUCAUUUGGUCUUGACUUGGAUAGUUGAACCAUAAGCAUGUAAAUUUAAGUGCCAAACAUGCAUUCACAAAAUUGUUUCUGGUUUACCCCUCUCUAUUCUUGAAACCGUAUCAGAUGACAGUAGCUGCUGAUGCUUUGAUGUUGUCUGAAGCUUCUGAAUGUCAGAUGGAGCAUUUAAUAGUGGUUCCAAGGUGGUAACUGAUGUUAGGAUAUAACCAAAUGCGGUGAUGAAAGAGCAUUUGCUUGUUGGUAUUAGAUGAUAUUUCCAGUUUCACCAUAUAAUGGGGUUGUGAAGUGUGGCAUUCUAGGAUUUUAUUGUUGAGAGAUUUUACCAGAGUCAGUCUGCUUGUAAAGAGGAGGAAUUAAGUGUCCUCCUGUUGAGUGCAAGGUUCCUACUUUGCCAUGGUAUUUCCAUAUUCAACCAUUAACCGAGGAAAGGGGGGGG